AUGUUCGCCAUCACCGCCAUCGUCUCCGUUCUGGCUCUCGCCGCUAACCAGGUCCUCGCCUUUCCCACUGAGCUAUUUCCCCGCCAGGGUUACGUUGAGAACUGCAAGACGACCUACUCCGUCGUAUCUGGUGAUACUUGCUUAGGUAUCAUCAGCAAGUUCAACAAUGCCUUCACUUUGGACCAAUUCUACUCCAUGAACCCCCAAGUCGCCAAAGACUGCUCAAACCUGUACCCUGGGGAACUAGUAUGCGUCGCCCUCAAGGAAUCCACCGAACCCGUGUGCCCAGCUCCCACAUCCGACGAUAUCGCCCCCAACUGCAACGCAUGCUACCACGUCGUCGAGGGUGACAACUGCUGGACCAUCACCCAGGCAAAGAAUAUUUCCUUCAACGACUUCCGCAAGUGGAACCCCAGCAUCGACGCCUCAUGCUCUAACCUCCAGCUUGGCUACAACUACUGCAUUGGCGUCAGUGCUUGA